GGGCCGGGCCUGGUGACGCGCGGUGGAGGCCGGGCCGGAGCCGCGGGGUCGAGCUGUCUGCCAGACUGAGCUCGCCGCCGACACACCGGGGAGAGAGAAGCGUUGGAGAGCCGCCGACGAAAGAUGUCCGGAGACGACGAACAGCAAGAGCAGACCAUCGCGGAGGACCUGGUGGUCACCAAGUACAAAAUGGGAGGCGACAUCGCCAACCAGGCCCUCCGGAAGGUGGUGGAGGCAGCCAAGCCCGGGGUGUCUGUCCUGGCUCUCUGUGAGAAGGGGGACGCCCUCAUCAUGGAGGAGACUGGCAAGAUCUUCAAGAAGGAGAAAGAGAUGAAGAAAGGCAUUGCCUUCCCCACCAGUGUGUCCGUCAAUAACUGUGUCUGCCACUUCUCCCCACUGAAGAGCGACCCUGACUAUACGCUGAAGGAGGGAGACCUGGUCAAGAUUGACCUGGGUGUCCAUGUUGACGGCUUCAUUGCCAACGUGGCUCACAGCUUCGUCGUGGGAGCGACUAAGGAGGCCCCAGUGACGGGGCGCAAGGCUGACGUCAUCAAAGCGGCCCAUCUGUGCGCUGAGGCUGCGCUGCGUCUCGUCAAGCCCGGCAACCAGAACACUCAGGUGACAGAGGCCUGGAACAAGAUUGCACAGUCCUUCAAAUGCACGGCCAUCGAGGGGAUGCUGUCUCACCAGCUGAAGCAGCACGUUAUUGAUGGAGAGAAGACCAUCAUUCAGAACCCUUCAGAUCAGCAGAGGAAGGAUCAUGAGAAGGCGGAGUUCGAGGUGCACGAGGUGUACGCUGUGGACGUGCUGAUCAGCACCGGAGAGGGGAAGGCGAGGGACGCUGGCCAGAGGACCACCAUUUACAAGCGGGACCCAACCAAGCAGUACGGGCUGAAGAUGAAGACCUCGCGCGUGUUCUUCAGCGAGGUGGAGAGGCGUUUCGACGGCAUGCCCUUCACUCUCCGGGCAUUUGAGGACGAGGGGAAGGCGCGGCUGGGCGUGGUGGAGUGCGCCAAACACGAGCUGCUGCAGCCCUUCAACGUGCUGUACGAGAAGGAAGGGGAGAACGUGGCCCAGUUCAAGUUCACAGUGCUACUCAUGCCCAACGGGCCCAUGAGGAUCACCAGCGGGCCCUUCGACCAGGAGCUGUACAAGUCGGAGCACGAGGUGCAGGACCCUGAGCUCAAGGCGCUGCUACAGAGCUCAGCCAGCCGGAAGACACAGAAGAAGAAGAAAAAGAAGGCCUCCAAGAACGCGGAGAACGCCACGACGGGACAGCCGGUGGAGGAGACAGAGGCUGCUGAAUAACCUCCCCGCUAACUGCCGCGCACACACACACACCCUCCAAAGAACAGAACUCAGACCUAAACCAAGUCUUCAGAACGAUUAUUAAUAAGAGUAAACAGGCCCAAAGCAGUCCCCCGAUUCUCCUCAGCCUUGGGGAUGAUCUCUCAGUCCCCCUGGCCUUGCCCGAGCACGAUGGGGAACAGAGAGAGGAGCUGGCUGUCCCGCUGCUGCCCUCUCUCUUCUCCGGAGAUGCCGCUCUCCGAGCCCCGAGCCCCGAGCCCAGCUGACCUUCCUGAGCAAGGCAGAAAGACUAGCCAGCCGGUUAGACAUGCCUGGCGCUGACCCCUGACCCCUGACCCACCCCCCCACGCGGCCUGCAGAGCUCACGCAGAGCGGAAGGGCAGUAAUGGCCCGGUUACUGUGGGUAUUAAACCUCUAAAAACAGCCCUUGAUUUGUUAGUGAUUGCCCGGAUUUAACAAUCUUAGAACCCACUUGAAAGCUCUGUUGAAGAGACAGAUAUUUUGGCGGUGGAAAAUGUUUUGGUUUCCUGGGAAUCCUCUUGGUAAACUGAGAUGUCUAUAGAUAUCGGUUCAUGUCCCAGAACAGACAAAAUCCCUUGAAUAAUCAUCCAAACUCACUGGAUCCUCCACAGAAAUGAGUAACCACCCGUAAACAGCAUUGCUGCUCUGCCCUUCUCUCUGGGGAAGACAGGUAGUAAGUGUAUUUAGGAAACAAAUUUAAAGUCUGUUUAGAAUCAACCCUGAGCAAAUAACAAAUCGGUGUAAUCCAUGUGCAGCCUGUCGGUUGAAUUCUCUCUCGCACUGCCUGGGGGCUGGAGAAAGAGGGCGCUGUUCUCACCAGCCCUAGAACCCAGGAUGGUUCUUCUGAAAAUGUCUGUUGGAUGACAAGUCUGACAGGAAUGCCUUUACUGACGUUACACUUUCAAAAUUUAGGGGAGACAAACUGUUUUUUUGUUCAGUUUUGCUGACUGGAUUGCUUGAUUAAAUAUUUCCUUGCCCGUG